AAAGAGCUCGUGCGCCAGAGAAUCGACUCUACCCCAUUUUCACGUUUCUGUCGCGCGUUUUCACCCACCCAACCGACCGACCCACAUAUCACUGGAGCUGCACGGCUACCCCCCUUUUUUCUUUGAAAGACCAGCUCGUCUCGGCCAAGGAACGUUAGUAAGCCUGCCAGCAGCGCGAAACACGGACAAGUGAGCCGGCCCCGUUGUCACGCGGGAGAGAGUGUGAGCGCGACAGAGGGAAGGAAGGAAGGUUGGAGAGAGAGUGCGAGCGCUUUUGGGUGUUUUAAGAGUCUCCCCACCCCCCUCCUCCACCUCCUCCUCCAUCCCCCCUCCCCGUAGCAAGACCCCCGCCGUGCCGCAGCCUCAUCCCACGCCGACCGCGGAAGCCAUGACGCUGGAAGCGAUCCGGUACCGCUCCGGGUCCCUGCAGAUCCUCAAUCAGCUGCUGCUGCCGCACGAGACGGUGUACGAGGAGAUCCGCUCGGUCCAGGACGGCUAUGAUGCCAUCAAGAGUAUGAAGGUGCGUGGCGCUCCUGCCAUUGCCAUCGUGGGCUGCCUGAGCCUGGCGGUGGAGCUGCGCGCGGGCGCCGGCGGCGACGACCCCCUGGCCUUCAUCCGCGAGUCGCUGUGCCACCUGACCUCGGCCCGGCCCACCGCCGUCAACAUGGGCCGCGCCGCCCGCGAACUCAUGGAGUUCAGCGAGAACGAGAGCAUGGAGAAGAGCGGAGAGGCACUACGGGACAGCGCGAUUGGCUGGAUCGAGGAGAUGCUGGAGCGGGACGUGAGUGACAACCGGAAGAUCGGGAACUUCGGCGCCCAGCACAUCCUGUCCGGCGUUCCGAGGGACUCGGUCAGCAUUCUCACGCACUGCAACACCGGAUCACUCGCCACCGCCGGAUACGGCACCGCACUCGGUGUGGUGCGCUCCCUGCACUCGCUGGGCCGCCUGAAGCGCGUGUACUGCACGGAGACUCGGCCGUACAACCAGGGCGCGCGGCUCACGGCGUACGAGGCCGUAGCCGAGGGAUUCCCCGCCACGCUCAUCACCGACAGCAUGGCCGCCCUCACCAUGAGGGAGAAGGGCAUCACCGCGGUGGUCGUCGGGGCCGACCGAGUAGUCGCCAACGGCGACACGGCCAACAAGAUCGGCACGUACCAGCUGGCCAUUGCCGCAAAGCACCAUGGGAUUCCGUUCUACGUGGCAGCGCCGAGCACGUCGUGCGACCUGAGCCUGGAGAGCGGCCGCGACAUCGUGAUCGAGCAGCGCCCGGCCGAGGAGCUCACCAGCAUCAACGGAGUUCCUGUCGCCGCGCCAGGUAUAGAUGUGUGGAACCCGGCGUUUGAUGUCACCCCUCACCAGCUCAUCACAGGUGGCAUCAUCACCGAGCUGGGCGUCUUCCUCCCCUCCGAGCUGCAGGCUGCCCUGACCGGCCGCCUCACCGCCCUCUAGGCCCCACAGCGCCCUCCGGUGGUCCGGUGGAGCAACGCGGCACAGUGUGCUGCUGCUGCUGCUGCUGCUGCUACCGGCGGCGCCUCAACUGCAACCGUGACCACAACUCACUUUGGUUCUCUUCAUUACUCUUUCUACUAGUGGUACAUCACCAUCACACACACACACACACACUCACACACUCUCACGCACGCACACACACACACACACACACACAAACACACACACACACACACACACACUCAUUGCUGCUCACGUGAGGUAAUGGAAAUUUCACCACACACUCAGACACACACACACACACACACACACACACACACACACACACGCACAUACUGUAGAUACGUUAAGGCAUACUACAAUGAUAUGUAUGAAGGACUAUAGAUACGCUAAACACACACACACACACACACACACACACAAAUGCUGCAGUUGCACACAAAUAUACGGAGAUGUGUGUGCACUCUCAAACACACACACACACACACACACACAUUGUGUACAAGUGUUACACAUGCACACUUGUGAUGUAUACUGAUGUUGCCAGACUCACAAUCGGACAGUCUUAACCCAGGGAAGCAUAUUUGUUAGCACACACACACACACACACACACACACACACACAGACACACACACACACAAUCCUUUACCACACACAAUCAUGCUUUCCUCUCCUCUCUCCUCUCUCUCUCUCUCACAUACAUUAUUUGCCAUCUGUCUGAAUGUCUGUCACUGUGUGAAAGCUGUCAACACCCCCCCCCCCUUCCUCCACUUCCCCUCCUGCCUCCAUUCCUGCUAUCAGUGAUCAGUAACAGUAACGCUAAAUUACUGUAAAAGAACCGUAUAAGUACAGUAACAAACACUAAAGCACUGUACUGAACCCCAUCACUGCAGUGAGCACACAAAUACAAUGUUCAGAGGUGUAACAACUUAAGGAUGUGGCGUUAGCCCUAAACAAAUAGCCCUUAGCUACAAGUUCCCACUUAAGGAUGUGAGGUUAGCCUAAAUAAAUAGCUACAAGUUCCCACUUCUUACAUUUUAAUUUUUUUUUGUUGAUGUUGUUAUAUUUUAUUUUUUUUGCUUAGUAAGUUUACCAACGUUAACUGUUUGGAUUUUCCCCAAUGGGAAGGACAUAGUGUAAAUAUGAACGUAGUUUUAGUGAUUAGUGUACAUAAUGUACAGACAUCCUCUCGACCCGACUUGGAGGGGAUGAGGACUGUAGAUUUGGACUCAAGUUGAGCUGAUCGGAUCUAGAGAAGGGAUUUUAGAAAACGGGCAAAGUGUGCUCACUGUGCGAGCCAUGCCCAACCAAAAGGUCAAGUAUUUCUCCCAAUAUCUUCCCAAUUUCUACUAACGACAUGUUAGCAGCGGUAAAUGUGGGUCCUCACAUGUAUUAACGAUCAAAUCUAAUAACAAUCAAACAUGAUAAAGCAAGAAAAAUAAGAACAAUGUAUGUUGGCUUUCUUGGAAACAUUGGACACAUUCAGUGUCUGUUCUUGACCGACACUGUAUCCAAUGAGUGGAGAUUUGUAGCUGAAAGACCAUUUAAAAAAAAAACGUUAAAAGGAAGCGAAUCAAAGACUGUCCACAAACAUGUCGAAUGUUCUCUGCUAGGUUGUCCUCCCAUACUUCGAGGCUAGUUACUUGGUGCUACGGAGCUUGACGUUUGUGAUCUCCUGUAUUCACCAAACUACCUGUUGCCCUUUCAUGCGUGUCCCCCUGUCUCUCUGUGACAUUGUAAAUAGCCUACAGACAAAUUAAGAAGUUAAAUCAUGGCUAAUCGACCUAUUCCUUCUUUAAGCUAUCCAAGUUGUGACGGCAACUGUGCCAGUUAUUUUGCUGAGUGAUGCACAGAGUCUAUACAUAUCAAUCCUUGGUAAGGGGGGUGGGCGUUCUAGACCUAGAACUUCUUUAGGCCUGUUUUUGUGAUGUCAAAAUACGUUUCCAGGAUACGCUUUGUUUGUUUGUUUUUAUCUUUAUGGUUGCCAAGUGCAGAUGACAUCAGUCUCAGUGACUAUCACCACAAGUCCAGAGUUCCGACGGUCAGUGUAGUUCACAGACGAAUGUGCCGCGACCCAAAGGUGUUCAGGAUGAUCCAAACCCUGAUGUCACUCCACCAACCAGAGAGCUACUGAGGGCAGUGGGACAGAACAGGGCCAAAACCACAGACACGCACACACACAUACACACACACACACACACACGCACACACACAGACACGCACGCACACACACACACACACACACACACAAUUAACCCCAUCUAUCCAUUUAUAGCACAGCUAUGAGACGCUUGGGUACGUUAAGGGAUUUAAAAAAAUAAAAAUAAAACAAACAAACAACAACAACAGAGACAAUACAUAAGGCUAAAAAACACACACAAAUGUCUCGGGGUUCAUCUUGCAUUGUUCGCCGUCAUCCACUUUAUCCUCAACGUCCUCUCCCUCUCUUAACCCCCUCCUCCUCCAACACAAACACACACACACUGUCCCUCAAUCACACACACACAUACACACACAUACUUAUUGUUGGAUGUCACACUUUGAAGGUGGAGGUUGGUCAACGCCUCUGUCUUGGUAUAUGGGCUUUUGUUUGUUUGUUUGUUUGUUUGUUUGUUUUGUCUAUUCAUUCCUUCAUUCACUGUUUGUUUUGGAGAAAAGAGGGAGAGAUAAACGUUGGAGAGCAAUGUAGCAAAUUUCUGUCACCCUCUCUGUGUGUACGAUAGGUUUCGGGGUCCCACGGUUCCAUUUAUUUCCGAUGUAUCUUCUUUGGCUGUGACUUGUCAUUGUUUUUUUUUAUGAUUAUUAUUAUUACGAUUAUAAUCAUUUCUUUUUUUAAAACCUUGAUUUUUUGUAAAGGUAUGAAUAUAAAAUGUGACUCUUAGUGACAAUACAGUUGUUUUACAAACUUAUUCAGGAGGCCCUCUUGGCACCACACACACACACACACACACCAUCCCACUCCAACGAAGCAAAGUGCCAGAAUCAGUGGAGUUUGGUGCAGGGAUGCCAUGCUACAGGUUGAAUCAGGCGGCCAUCUUGGCAAGGUCCAUUAUACCCUUGUUUUUUUUUUUCAAAUACGUUCUUUAGAUCUUGGGGAAAUUCUAUAGAAAACAACAGGUGUUCUAUCCAUGUGAUAAAUUGAUGGCAAUAAUAGGUUUCAAGGCCCAUUUAGAUGUGUUUUGGCAGGGGUGAUUUGUUAAAGGUUCUGGGUACAUCUGAAGUCUUGCUGUGUAGACUAGCACUCAGGCUAAUUUACAAUUAGUUCAAAAUUCAAAAUCAGGCUAUAUUUAGUUGACUUCUUUAGUUUGCUUUGAAUCCCAAUUGAAAUUGUUUUGUUUGCAAAUGUCUUGUGCUGUGCAAUAAUGGCAGCCUGUUUCGUUCCCUUUAGUCUGUACCACAAAGGACUCGGUCUGUCGAUGGACAAAAACCCAUAUUGACCUUUGUCCUCAACUUACCCUCCCCUUCUCCCUCCCUUCCCCCCCCCAAAAAAGAGAUGAAAUCAGUUUGUGUUGCCAAAAUGCAGCGGUGAAUGGUGCUGUAAGCUUUCAACCAAUGAGAGUUCUCCUCGGUGCCUUUGUGACCAAUGGGAGAGUGGUGUUGGUGGUGAGUGGUUGUGUUCGGUGGAGAAGGCCUCUCUUUUAGUCUAGGUUUGUUCUUGUUCUCCUCAUUACUAAUCACAAUGACAUUCAGUUUUUGUACUCUGUGGGAAUAGGUUAAAAAAAAAAAAACAAGAAAAUAAAGCUGGAUGUUUUUAUACAUAUAUGAAUAUAAAGCUGUAUGCGGCCGACAUGAACAAAAAAAAAAGAAAAGAAAAGAAGCGUCUCUUUCACGUUAAAUGCAAAUAAAAGAGGAGAUGAUCACC